UGCUCCACAAAGUAUCUCCAAUACUACUUGUCCACCUGAUAUGUCGCUAAUGCCAGUUAUAAAACCACUUUUGAAUUUGUCAAAUCAAGCAAUUUUCACAAAGGUCCUUUUGUACAUGAAAAAAGAUCCAACGGUAUUCAAUUGCACACCAUUUGAGCCAAUAGUUUCGAUGGCUCCUGAAUUUUUCUCUCAAAAAUGUGACCCUCAAUUCCUUGAUCAAAAUAUUCCAAGUAGCAUUUCUAGUGCCUCAAUUUUGAAACAUGUUAGUUUUCAUGGAUUACUAGGCAUUUGGUUGUUUACCCUUUGGCUUG